UGACAGCAGCUGCGGACAAAACAUGCUGCCGGGUGGAAUUAUUCGUUUGCGUGUUUAAUUGUGCUUGACUAGCUCACUUUUAUCAGCUUAUAACGACUUUAGAUUUAUGUUUAGACACUUUUAACAGCUCCCGAGUUGAGUCGCUUGCUUCAAGACGCUUUAUUUUACCCCCAAAAGCUGCCGGGAUGCCAAUGAAUGUAGACAGGACCAGCCUCCAGCAGUGAAUACGGUAGCAGCUAUAGUCACACCCUUGUCUGGCAAUUUAAAUAUUAUUUUGUUGCAGGGAAUAUGCAUUAUACUACCUAUUUAUGCAUUAGAUGUCUUUAGUUACUUUUUAUAACCUUAGACUUGCAUACAACAGCUUAAUAAGUAGUUUGAUCGCAGAGAAUAUGACUGAAUCAUGCCACGAAAAGACAAGAUAACCCAGUGUCCGCCUGCUGCAAAGACAACAACCCAUCUGCAGAACUAACAAGAGCUUUUAGACACCUUUUUAUACUAUUUGAUCUGUUGUUUGGGAAGGAUGAGUGGGCCGAUGUACACGUUCGUGAGCAGAGACGACAAUAGCACCGUCUAUGCAGAAGUUUCCAAGAUCCUUCUCGCCACUGGACACUGGAAGAGGCUGAAAAGGGACAAUCCCAGGUUCAACUUGAUGCUCGGGGAGAGGAACAGACUGCCUUUUGGGCGUUUAGGUCAUGAGCCGGGUCUUGUGCAGCUCGUGAACUACUACCGAGGGGCGGACAAGCUCUGCAGAAAGGCCUCGUUGGUCAAGUUAAUAAAGACCAGUCCGGAGCUACGGGACUCUUGUAACUGGUUUCCUGAAUCGUACAUUAUUUAUCCCACAAACCUGAACACGCCCGUGGCCCCGGCGUCCAACGGCAUCAGCCACUUAAAGAGCAACCCCAAAACCGACGAGAGGGAGGUGUUCCUGGCCUCGUACAACGCCAAGAAGGAGAGCGGAGACGGGACAGUGUGGAUCGCCAAGUCUUCAGCUGGAGCUAAAGGAGCCGGGAUCCUGAUUUCCCACGAUGCCUCUGAGCUGUUGGAGUACAUCGAUAAUCAGGGACAGGUCCACGUCAUUCAGAAGUACCUGGAGAGGCCUCUGCUGCUGCAGCCGGGAAACCGAAAGUUUGACAUCAGGAGCUGGGUGCUGGUGGACCAUCAGUACAACAUUUACCUGUACAGAGAGGGCGUGCUGCGGACGUCCUCAGAGCCCUACAACAGCGAGGACCUGGGGGACAUGACCAGCCACCUGACCAACCACUGCAUCCAGAAGGAGAUGUCCCAGAACUACGGCCGCUACGAGGAGGGCAACGAGAUGUUCUUCUCGGAGUUCAGGGCGUACCUCCUCAGCAGCCACGGGGUCACGCUGGAGAGCUCCAUCUUACCUCAGAUCAAACAUAUCAUCAAGAGCUGUCUGUCGUGUAUUGAACCUGCCAUCAGCACCAAGCACCUGUCGUACCAGAGCUUCCAGCUGUUCGGCUUCGACUUCAUGGUGGACGAGAGCUUCAAAGUUUGGCUCAUCGAGAUCAACGGGGCUCCGGCCUGUGCACAGAAGCUGUACUCGGAGCUGUGUCAGGGCAUCGUGGACGUGGCCGUCUCUCCGGUCUUCACCAUGAACAGCAGCGGAGACUCCGGCUCUUCCUCCCCGUACUCCUCCUCUCCCUCCUCCACCUCCUUUAACCUCUCCACAAACGCAUGCUCCUCCCCCAAGAUCAGAGGGCCGCUGCACGUGGGGCCGUUCACUCGUCUGGAGCAUGUCUGCGGAUGAGUCGGAGCAGCACGGCGCGGAGAGUCACGCUUCAGCCGCGGCGCUCAAAGCUUUUCUCCUCAAGCCCAGCACCAAGACCAACACCAACCU